AUGACCCGGCAUCUGUCCUUAUCUUGUAAAGGCUGUCCAACUGACGACCACCACAGGAUGGCUGCCGGAAAGCGAAGUCGUGAACCGGAACCAGACGUUCCAUCAAAACGUCUUGCGCUGGACUCAGAGGUAGCCAAAUCCGGCAACGAGACCCCUGCCGACAGCGAUGUCGCCAUGGAGCCGGACGUGACGGUCGGCAAUGAUGCUAGCGAAGCACCGGAAUCGUCUGAAGCCCCAACAGCAGCACCAACUAUUGUGACUCCUACAAGUCGGGGAGGUUACAGAGGUCGAGUACGAGGUAGCAGGGGUGGAAGAGGUCGUGGCCGUGGUCGAGGAGGUCGCUGGGCGACGCGAGCUGAUGCAGGCCAUUCGACUCCGGCGGCGGGGUCUACCAGAUCCGAAGUGAAUGGUGAUGACGCCGACCAGUCUACACAACCGAGGAACGGAGACGAAGAUGUUGAUGGCGUCGAUGAUGUCGCGGAGGAAGCUGGCGCUGAGAUUGUUGCGCAGAAGCGGCAAGGAAGAGGAAGGCUGCCUGGGAGAAGAGGCAGAUACGGACCCGAAGUUGCCGCGGCGAUCAUCCGAGCCAAGGAAUUGAAGGGAUGUUUCAAAGCGGUUGCCUCUGCUAUGAAGCCCUACCUCGAGGAGCUGAACAAAAGAGCAUUGGACGAGCUGAAGCAGGAGUCAGAAGAGGCACGCAACCGCCUAGAAGAGAUGGAAGCGACAAAGGAAAUCCAAUUAUAUCUGUCGCGCCGUCUCGAUGAGCGUGUCAAGGAAGUCGAAGCCAUGAAACAGGUCAAACUUAAAUGGGCGGAGCGGAAGAACGAAGGAGAAAAAUACCUGAUCCAGGAGAAAUGGAACCGGAAAUUGGAAGCCGCCGAGGUCGAUGUCAUUGAGACUGUUGAAGGCUGUCUCUUGGCGUUUGCGCACAGUUCCACCAUCCGCCUAUCAGAUAGACGCGUUGAAGAGGAAGACGCAGCCACGGACGAUGGACGUAUUCUGCCGACCGAGGACGAGAGGAGCCUUGGGGCGCGGGGCUUGUUCAAAGAGAGACUCCUCUCCACCAAGUACACUCACAGCGGCUCUCGAACCCUCAAACCCAAUGACCUUGAACGUUUUGCAGCAGAUUCAAGGUUGAAACGGGGGAUGGAUCAGCAGCUCGAUGUUCUCAUACUCGAUUCCGAUUGGGUCGAUUCUUUAUUAGAACCCUCUUGGGUGUACCGACGACCGUUUAUUCCUCCCAAGGCCCCAAAUAACCAAACCAAAAAUCAAAUCGACCCAGAGCUCCUCCGAGCUGUUUACGACGCCCAGGAUGAGUCAGUCGAUGAAAACCUUGAAGAGCAGGGGCUUCCUGAGAUCUCCACUGAAGAACAUGGCGUGGUAGCGGAGGUAGAUGUCGGAAUGAAACGAAGAAGAACCAAGGGGAAGAAGAUCGCUACGCCAACUGGCAAAGGGAAGGCAAAAGUUGGGGCUGAGACAGCUCCCGGAUCGGCCACCGAUUUGGCAGACAAGUCAGGGCCAGGCCCAUCGUCCCAACCCGAAGGGUACUAUAUCGCAAAGUCGGUCGAAGGCGAUGCUCGCGAAUCUACCGAAUCUGGUGACCAGCUUGCUGAUCGCCGUCACAUGGAAAUUUGCGCCAUCAUUCCCAAUAAGUCUACCGACACGCAUACAGGCGGUGAAGAUGUGGACCGUGAGGCUGCUGCUCUUAACGCACUUAUGGAGCUGAAAGGGCAGUAUACCAGAGUGGCGAGCCAACAGAUUCGCGUGGGUCACACAGAGCAAUUACGGGAGGCGAGAGUGGGCGAACGGAAGCGAUCACAUUCAGAGCAAAGAGACAUCGAGGAGAAGAUGGAAGCGGAGAGGACAAGCCGCGAGUUCGAGGAGAAAAUGGAGGCGGAAAGGCAAUCCAGGAAGGAAGCCGAGGAGAGAGAAAGGCCGUCGACCCGUCCGAGGAGUGCCACAAGGGGCAAGAAGAUUACCGAUUUGCUCAACGCGCCGCACGAGCUGGAGUCGCCCAUUCUGAAAUCCGAACCGAAACAGCAACCCUCCAUGAAGCAAUGGCGCGUGGAGCCUACACCGACAACUAUAAUCCAUCAGGGGUCGAUCCCCGUCUCCACGUUCUCGAUACGAACCGAAGAUGGGAAAUACAAUUCACAGAACAGAGAGAAUAAGCAGGCGGGUAUCGCCACGCAGACCGUGUUCAGCUUGAAUCCAAACGAUCCAUCGCUUGAACGUGCGUCGGAAAAGGCGACGAAGCGCGGGAAAACUUUCUGGCAGGCGAUCAGCAAAGGAGCUCAUGGAGCAACACCCCCUCCACCACAGUCCGGGCGAACCAGUAGCCCCGAAAAGAGUGGAUCCGCUAUGUCUCCUUUCAUACCAGGACCGCACGGCGGGUAUCAAUUCCACGUCCCCGGCGCACCGCCUCCACCACCAAACGCUCCUGGCGCAUUCCCACCGCCUCCUCCGGGAUACAGCUACGCUCUACCACCUCCUCCCGGUCACCCACAUCAUCUUUCGCCGCCGCCACCUUCUCCACAGACUCCGUACUGGCGGUUUCCACCUCCCAAUACAGGCCCUCCCCCUCCCCCGACACCCUACUGGAUUCAAUACCCCCCUCCCCCUCUCCCAUCGCAAUACAGCACCUCACCAACGGCAGCACCUCCUCAAACCCAAGGUAGCCCGAACCCUCCCGCCGCCGGCCCCGUCUCCAUCGCGCCGCACCCUCCACCCACCCCAACAGCCCCUCACCCCCCUCAAUCUCCCUACAACGGCCCCCAAUACGGCGGCCCCACCAUUCUCCCCGCCCCCAUCCACCACCACCACACCCAGCAAAUGCAAAACCACCACCACCACACUAUCCCCAGCCAACUCCCCCUCGCCCCCGCCCCACCCGAGCGCCCUCCUACCCAUCCUCCGCCCUCGCAUCCUCCUUCCGCCAGCUCCGCGCCCGGCAUCGCGCCGAGCCCAGGAUCCGGCAUCCCGCCGAGCCCAGGAUCCGGCAUCGCACCCAGUCCCGUAUCCGGCAUCGCGCCUAGCCCAGUCGCCGGAAUCACGCCCACUCCCGUUUCCGGCAUCCCCGGCAUCGCACCCAGCCCCAUCUCCGGCGCGCCGGCGUUCGCGCAAGGUGGCGUCAGCAUCACGCCUGCGUGGGAAUCGCGGAGGCGGCAGGCAGGAGCGAAACGAGGGAGGGCACGACGGGAGGAGCUGGCGGCGGUGAUGAGGGAGAGGGGGGAGACGGUGGCGACGGAGGGGGGUGGGGUGAGGAGAGACGGGGGGAGUGGACGGGGUGGCGGGCCAGGGAGUAGAGGUCCGAGGAGGGGGAGGGGUGCGCGGGGCUCGAUGGGGGAGGUGACAAGGUUUAAGAGUUAUGAGCCACCGGUGGCGAAGGAGUGA